UGUCAAUACUGAAGACCUAUUAUUUUUAUCUUUCAGUUCAAGGUAGUGAAAUUGCCUGUGAUCAUUAAACUUUGAGCUUAUUCACUGAACAAUAUCCAAGCAUUCCCAAUGAAAAGUGUAGCUGUUGAUGGUACAUCAGAUAAUUUACGUCAGUUAAACACCACUUGGGGAAAAAGUAGAGGUGAACAACAAACAGAGUUGAGUGCAGACGCACGGAACACAGUACGAAGAACAUUGUUUGUUGAGCCGACCGCUAAAUUAGAAAGCGAUGAUAACAUUUUAACGGAUGCCAACGAAAAAAAUCCUAAGUGGCUAUCGUACGUAUUACAAAGGUUAAGUGAAGAUACAAAAACUAUGCCUGGUAAUAGUCAAACACCACCAGCCAAAGAGGUAAAAGAGAGAGAGCCGGAAGUACAAACUGGAGUUGGACCUGAUUGUGGUAUAAAGGACGUUUGGGCUCAUAAUUUAGAAGAAGAGUUUACGUCAAUACGAAAACUUUUACCAAAAUAUUGUUAUGUGGCUAUGGAUACAGAAUUCCCAGGUGUUGUAGCCCGACCUAUUGGCGAUUUUAAAACAACUGCUGAUUAUCUGUACCAAUUGUUGCGGUGUAAUGUCGAUCUGUUAAGGAUCAUUCAAUUGGGGCUUUCAUUUUUCGACGAAGAUGGUAAAACUCCCACUGGUCCAUAUACUACUUGGCAAUUCAAUUUUAAAUUCAAUUUGUCAGAAGAUAUGUAUGCCCAAGACAGUAUUGAGUUAUUGACAAAUUCCAGAAUACAAUUUAAGAAGCAUGAAGAGAACGGAAUCGAACCUUUAGUUUUCGCUGAAUGCAUAAUCACAUCUGGUUUGGUAUUGAUGGAUAAUAUAAAAUGGAUGACAUUCCACAGCAGUUUUGAUUUUGGCUACUUAGUCAAGGUGUUGACUGAUGAAAAAUUGCCACAAGAGGAGUCAGAUUUUUUUGAUAUGUUCUCUCUAUACUUUCCUUGUGUGUAUGACAUCAAGUAUCUCAUGAAGAGUUGCAAAAAUUUGAAGGGUGGUCUACAAGAAGUUGCAGAUCAAUUGGAACUGAAGCGGAUUGGACCACAACACCAGGCUGGUAGCGAUUCUCUACUUACAGGCAUGGCUUUUUUUAAAAUCAGGGACAUGUAUUUUGAAGGAAUGAUUGACAGCAAGAAAUAUUGUGGUCAUUUGUAUGGCUUGGGCAUUACCACAUUGAACAAUGGCCAAAUUCGGUAUGAUAAUAAUGAAGGGCCACCCAAUUAAAUAUACCAGAAAUACAUUAUUAAUAUAAUAAAUAUAUUAUUUCCAAUGAUCGUACAGUUGUUUACCACUGAUGAAUGGUACCAACUAUACAUUUUGACUUAAAGAAACAAAUUUAAAAAAAAUUAUAUGCCUCGGGUGUAAUUUUUCUCUUCUCAAUUUAUUUAUUCUGUGUAAAAUUUUGUUUGCCAACUGUGAAUGAAAUUAGAAAAUGAUAGAAUUAAAUGUAGUUUAGAAUUAUUAUGUUAAGAAAAAAAAUAAUUAAAGAAAAAAAAUGGUCUUUAUAAUAAUAA